UUUGCCUCCUGCGUUUCCUUGGACGACUCAUCGGAUCUGCCCGUCGAGUGGCAGAAUACGGUCUCUAUCACCGUGCCCUGGCGUGGCGUCUCGAACUUUGAUUCAUCGGACAUACAUAAUUUUUGGCUUGUCGCUCCCCAUAUCAGCCCUCGCCAUCCCUAUCGCAUAGUCUGCACUCGGACACAGCAUGUUCGGACCAAGGCCCUGUGCAAGCAUUGAGGAGGCAUACUCCGACGCGGUGCAGCCUGAUGAAGCCGCAGCGCAAUCGGAGACGACACCGUUCGACAUCAUCAUUGUUGGAUCUGGUAUGGGGGGCGGCGUGCUCGCGUCCGACCUCAUCGAGAAGAACCUUCAGCUUGUCGCGAGUGCGGGGACCUCUAGGAGAAAGCCUCGAAGGAUCCUUGUGAUCGAACGGGGCGGUAUCAUCUUUCAGUCCCAUAGCUUGAAUGGCCCUCGUCCCACGCCCAAAUCCGCGGAACAGGCCAAUGACAUCUUUUUCCAACGAUUCAAGUGCGAGUUUGCGGAAGACAAAGAAAUGCCUCCCGGAUGGCAAGGUGGGGCUAUCUUCACCCUAGGAGGCCGAAGCACGGUGUGGGGCUUGUCCAUGCCGAGAAUAACGCACGAGACACUGGACGCUCACUGGCCCAAAGCGGUUCGUGACGAUCUGUUCCACCCCGGGGGCUCGUACUAUCGAAAAGCGGAAGGGAUAUUGCGGCUUUCCUACCCCUCCACUUUACCUCUUCAUCAGCUCCUCAUUGAUAAGCUGAACCUUGGCGUGGAUAACGACCCGCCGAAGCAGGGAAGCGCCGCAUGGCCUCUUCCCACCACGCACUGGCAGUGGGGGAGAGUUGCCUCUCGCUUCAGGGACGAUCACAACUUCACCUUCGCGGAAGGCGCGUUCAGCACCGCGGACCGCCUUCUAACAACGGCCAUGGACAACCAUCCACAGAAGGACACUCCCGUCAACCUUGGUGGCGUAGCCCCUGGCGGCGCCCACAUCCUGUUGAAUGCACAAGUUCACCGCCUGGAGCCGCAACCUCUCGAUCUCGAGAGCGCGGAUCGGGAAAGACGCAGUUUACCUACCGCGCAUGUCAUCGUGAAGCAGAAAGACAAGGAGGACAACGAGGCAAAGGAGUUCAAGAUUCAGGCCAAAAAUAUCAUCCUAUGUGCUGGCAGCGUCGAGAGCGCUGCCAUCCUACUGCGAAGCGUCUCCAAAGGCGAUACAGGGCAUUACGGCGGCAAUUUCACCGAGGAGUUUGGGCAUCUUACAGAACACGACAUGCUCUAUGUGACACUGCCGUUUCAAUACAUGAAUGACGUUUACAGAACGGCGCUCGGCGGCAUGAUGCUACAGACGGACAUCACGUUUCGUGACCAUGGCGGCCAUGCGCAGGAGCCCGCACUUGUCACCAUUUCUAUAGACACAGAGUCCUUCCUUCCUCGCGGAUGUCAUACUGCCACCCUAUACCCUCAGCUUGUGAUUGUCUUCGUACUGCCAGCUGAGCUGGCAAAGAAAAAUUCCGUCAGACUCGAGGAGACUGGACAACAUCCGGUUAUCAAUGUUGGUUUUGCAGAUGUCCCUCAUCUCCGGGAGAAGAAGGACGUGAUGUUCCGUUUCGCGCUUGCGUCGAUGAAGGCGAUAGCCACCACACUCGAUCUUCAAUAUCUCGCACAGACGAACGAUGAUCCUUCCAACCCUAUCUUCGAUAUCAUCGAACUUGAACAUCUGGAUAGUAAAAUAAAGCUCAAACAGCUCCCGCCCGGAACUUACGCGCACGAACUGGGCACGAUACCGAUGCCUGACAACGCCAACGAUGGUGGAAUUGUCGACUCCAACCUUAAAAUGAAAUACGGCUGGAGCAAUGUCUAUGUCUGUGACCUUUCCGUCUUCCCACACUCGCCUGGCGCGAGUCCCUCGCUUACCUUGGCCGCACUGGCGCUCCGCCUUUCUGAUAACCUACUUUCCCCCCGUGAGGUGCCCAUCGCGGUCCGGCCCAUUCGCGUCCAGAACCUGACGCGGGAGAGUGUCUGGGCGCGCGUUACCUUAUCGGAGAUCACGUCGGAAGCGCAGGCCACGGAUCCCGACGAGGUCAUGAUCCCGCCGGGGCAUUAUUUCGACUGGAAGCGUCAGACGAGGGAGGCGCUGUUCGUCUGUGCCGCGCCAUCUCCCAACAAUGCAAUCGACAUAUCGAGCAAGCGGGACGCAUCGCAGCCCAACUUUUCAGUUCAGGCCGUUUGGCCCGGAGCUGUCGCGCAUAUCGUCGCUCCGCCCCCGUCGCCGGCUCGUCUGAGGUACCCGCAUCCGCGUCGCGAAAGGGCGUCCGGAGGCGUGGACGGCUUGCCCGUAGGCAUCGGCCACACACCGGAGACAGUGCCCAUCUCUUAUACAGGCAUGCCGGGGCUGCGUUCACCUCCUCCGUACCACGGUUACGGGUUAGCUCAAGGCCGGCAUGAAUGAUGCGAAGCAUGGUCCGCCUCGGGGCUGAAGCUUUUGACGAUAUGGAGGUCAAUCACUGCUUGUACGAUAGCGCGCAGGGUGUGAGACUGGUGGUAUCAAGGUAGGAGUAAGACAAAUCUCAGCGAUUGUGGUAACCGCAUGUGCGAU